CUGGCAACACAUGGGUAAAUUUGCAUUGGUUGAGAUAGGAAUUUAUUUGUGGAGCAGUCAGUAUUACUGUAAGAAUGUAUUGUCCUCGGCUAAGACAGAUACCACAUAAUGCAGCCAUUCUGUAGUGUAUUCAUCCUUCAAGUAGUUUUCUUAUGGAUUUUUCCUUGUCACUGGACAUCAACUUCCACAUUUUUGGUGUUUCCGGUAGACAUUUGCCCUAAAAAUGAGACUGAAGUGAAAGAAGCCUCGGGAAAACUUAAUUGUUCUAUUGGUUACAACGAAACUAAGAAUGAGUAUCAUUGUGUACCCGUGUCAAACCUCACACAACUUGUCGAGUUUUGUUAUCCGAAAACAAGUGGAUUGAUAGAAAAAGGUCUUUGCAUGGUUCUUUCGGAAACCACUUUGGAUGCUCGGAAGUGCCACAAAUUUAACGAUGGAUGUCCUAAUAUCCAUUACACUUCCGAGAUGAUGUACCAAUUUCCUGUCUGUUCGCUGAUCAAUAAAGAAUCCAAAUGCUAUUUGGCAGAUCCUGCAUGCCUUUCUCUAUGGCAGCCUUCAUCUACCCCCCGUCUCAAAACCACAACUAAUAGAAAUACCCCGAUGGAUACAGGUACAACAACAAUGAUUACAGUGAUUGGGAUUUUUACUCCUUUGAGUCUUCUGGUUCUAUCAGCUUUUGCCUACUUCAUGUUCAGAAGAAGACGAAUGAAAAAUGAGAAUGGUGGAAUUGAAGAGAUGGAGAACCUUCAUAAUGAAGGAGAAAGCGGAGAUACACAUAUUCCAUUGGAAGAUUCCUCAUCAGUGAUCAUGAAAGAUGAAAAAAAUGAAAAACGUCCAAAUCUAAAACUUCCUACACCACCUGAGUGCAUGAUCUGCAGAGGAGCCACGGUGAAAAUUGAAUGUAGUGGAAUUCCUGAAGACGUUCAAGAAAUAAAAUGGUUCAAAGAUGGGACUCCGAUGAAAACAAGUUCAUCUGAAGUAGGAAUUUUGAAAUUGGCAAAUCUGGAUCCAACCAAUGAUGGAAAAUAUUGGUGUGAAAUCACACAAUCACCCGGAACCAAAAUAUCCUCAAAUGAAGUGAAUAUUACAAUCAAAGAUGAACAACCCAUUGCAUUGUCUACACUGGGCGAUUUGCAAAUUGAAGGUGCAGAAUUGGAAAUAAAGUGCAAAUCUAGCAUUCCAACACCAACAGAAGUUUGUUGGUAUAAAGAAAAUGAAGAAAUAGUAGACAAAGGAAGGUUCCUCAACGGAACGUGCCAAAAUCCUUCGUUAACCAUUUCCACUCUCAAGCUAACUGACAGUGGCACCUACAGGUGUAAGAUAACCAAUAACUUUGGAUUUGCAGAGUGUACUUUGGAUAUUGAUGUGAAAGAACGUCCAAAUUUAAAACUUCCUACACCACCUGAGUGCAUGAUCUGCAGAGGAGCCACGGUGAAAAUUGAAUGUAGUGGAAUUCCUGAAGACGUUCAAGAAAUAAAAUGGUUCAAAGAUGGGACUCCGAUGAAAACAAGUUCAUCUGAAGUAGGAAUUUUGAAAUUGGCAAAUCUGGAUCCAACCAAUGAUGGAAAAUAUUGGUGUGAAAUCACACAAUCACCCGGAACCAAAAUAUCCUCAAAUGAAGUGAAUAUUACAAUCAAAGAUGAACAACCCAUUGCAUUGUCUACACUGGGCGAUUUGCAAAUUGAAGGUGCAGAAUUGGAAAUAAAGUGCAAAUCUAGCAUUCCAACACCAACAGAAGUUUGUUGGUAUAAAGAAAAUGAAGAAAUAGUAGACAAAGGAAGGUUCCUCAACGGAACGUGCCAAAAUCCUUCGUUAACCAUUUCCACUCUCAAGCUAACUGACAGUGGCACCUACAGGUGUAAGAUAACCAAUAACUUUGGAUUUGCAGAGUGUACUUUGGAUAUUGAUGUGAAAGAACAGCCCAACUUCACGAAUGCAGUUGGUAACCUUAUAACCAAAGAUGAAUUACCAAAAAUGCUGGAUGGAUUUCGCCAUUUUGUCAGUAGUACGCAACGAACAUGUUUACUGUCUAUCACAAAUGAUGGCUGCAGGAAAUUAUCGAACCCAAAUAUUACUGUUGUAAAAGGCCGUACGAAUAAUCCACUAACAAGUAUUGAUGAGGGCAAAGCAGGGAUUUUUAUUUUCACUACUGAAAAUACUGGGGCAAUGGGUGACUGGAAAACAAAAGGUGUAUUGACAUUUGAUGUAGAGGAAACAGAUCAACAAAUAGCAAUUUUGUGGAACGUCGCUAAGCGAGGCACAAAUCGAUUUGCCAUUCAGAUAAGGUCACAAGACAGUGAAUCCGCAAAUCCGUCUCUAUAUAAACACAUGCUUCAGCAAGCAGCCUACGCUGGGACAGGAAAGAGUAUUGAGAAGGAAGGAGCUGGGUACAAAGUCAGCGCGAAUAUGAACAAUGAAAAGAUAGCACAUCUUGGAGUUCGAUUCCAAUGAGAAUCCAUGAAGUCGAGACAGCUACAACGACAAUUGUCUUGAUGUGUUAUGUGUGAGGCGUUUGUAGAAUAGAAAUGUACUUGGAAAGAAAACGAGAAAGAGAAAAAUAAGAUAUGUGAAAUUUAAAUUCCAUAAUUAGUUUAAUACCGAGUCUAAUUAUCUAUUCAGAGGACUUGUAAGUAAAUGCUGUGAUUUCUAUCUACAUUAUGUAAAUUUGUUCAUGUAUUGUUUCAAUCACGAUUUUUCUGUGUGUAUUUUGUCUGCCCUCGAUUUUGUAUUUUUGUCGGUUUUAUGAGAUAAGUCAGUAUUUGUUAUUUUAACUUCUUCAUGCAAAUAACUUUAAAUUGGGUAAUUAUCUUUGAACGCAUUUAAUAGUUAACUGAUUUAUUGAUAAGAACUAUAACGAGAGGAAACUGUGUAAAAAAAAAAAUCUGCCACACACCAGUUUUGCAUAUGUUGUGGCACAAUACGUUUGAAGUCUCUCUUUCGCAACAGUUAUUAUUUUUGUAAGGAACAAAAAUAAGGUCUUGGUAGAGCAGUUUCUAUGUCUUGUAAUGUAUAUCCUUUUGUAAUAGUUUCUGUGUAGUUUUGAAAUCCAUAAUAGGUACGGUAACUCAUAGUCAAUUGUCCAAUUUACUUUGAUUUCAUUAUUAUUAAUUAUUACAAUUUAUAAAGGGCACAAUUUUACAAUAAAAGCAAUCAAAGGUGCUAUACAUAAGUAAAACAUUAUACAAGUAAAACGUUAAAAUCAUAAUAAUUAAAAUGUAGUGAAAUUGACAUGUGUGUAACAGCUAAUAAAAGGCAGUAGCGAAAUAAAUGUUUUCAGACAGCGUUUAAAA